AUGGACCAUGCUGAGCUCACCACUGAACAGGUUUUGAAAAGGGACAUCCCUUGGGAGACAUACAUGACCACUAAGCUCAUCACUGGAACGUGCCUUCAGCUGUUAAGGCGUUACGAUAAAAGAUCCGAGAGUCACAGAUCACAGUUGCUCGAUGAUGACGGCCCUGCUUAUGUUCAAGUGUUUGUUGGCAUUUUACGUGAUAUUUUCAAGGAAGAAACAGUAGAAUAUGUCCUUGCUUUAAUUGAUGAAAUGCUUGCAGCUAACCCAAAAAGAGCAAGAUUGUUCCAUGAUGGUACUAUUGUCGAUAAAGAUAUUUAUGAGCCUUUCUUGAGGUUGCUUUGGAAGGGUAAUUGGUUCAUACAAGAGAAGAGCUGUAAGAUACUUGCUCUAAUAGUGAGUGCCAGGCCAAAACCCCAAGAUGGCACUGUUACAAAUGGAGAAGCCUCAAAUUCAAAGAGAAAAAUUACUACUAUUGAUGAUGUGUUGAAAGGAUUGGUGGAAUGGCUUUGUGCACAGCUGAAGAAGCCUUCCCAUCCUAGUCGCGGCAUCCCAACUGCUGUCAAUUGCCUUGCAACCUUAUUAAAGGAACCUGUGGUUAGAUCUUCCUUUGUUCAAUUAGAUGGGGUGAAGUUGCUUGUUCCCUUAAUUUCUCCAGCUUCCACCCAACAAUCUAUUCAGCUUCUUUAUGAAACAUGUCUAUGCAUCUGGCUCCUAUCCUAUUAUGAACCUGCGAUUGAGUACUUGGCCACUUCUAGAACUCUUCCACGACUCAUAGAAGUUGUCAAGAGUUCCACAAAGGAAAAGGUUGUCAGAGUUGUUGUUUUGACCCUGAGGAACUUGCUUUCCAAAGGGACGUUUGGUGCUCAAAUGGUGGACCUUGGACUACCACAAAUGGUUCAGAGUUUGAAAGCACAAGCAUGGAGUGAUGAGGAUCUCCUGGAGGGAUUAAAUCAACUGGAAGAGGGUCUGAAGGAUAACAUCAAGAAACUGAGUUCUUUUGAUAAGUAUAAGCAAGAAGUCCUCCUUGGCCAUCUUGACUGGUCACCCAUGCACAAGGAUCCAAUAUUCUGGCGCGAGAAUGUUACCAAUUUUGAAGAGAAUGAUUUCAGUCAAUUCAGUGGGACUGAAAAGAUCCUUAAAAUUAUUUGGGCGUGCCAAAAGAUGUGUCUCCCAUGUUUUGUUGGCAUCAGUGCCAGUGGGGCCCCUUUCAUGAGUCCUAGGAUUAUGCUAAUACUUGGUAGUAGAUACUCUGAGUGUGCAUCUGAAGACACUCCUCUGUUUUUGCAAGACAGCCUUGGCUUCCACGGAAAAGUGAUUCUAAGAGUCUUGAUUACUAUUUUGGACACAUCCAGUGAUCCUAGGGCUUUGGCUGUUGCCUGCUUUGAUAUCUCACAGUUUGUCCAGCAGCAUCCGGCUGGAAGAAUCAUAGUGACGGACCUCAAGGCCAAGGAACGUGUGAUGAAACUGAUGAAUCAUGAGAAUGCCGAGGUUACGAAAAAUGCACUACUAUGUAUCCAGAGGCUUUUCCUAGGUGCCAAAUAUGCGAGCUUUUUGCAGGCUUAG